AUGGUCAAUUGGAAGUUUUCAUCUCUGCUCCUGCUCUCUCUCCGAGCUCUCGGCACCUAUGCUGAGCCCGCGGCUGAGAAGGUGCAACAAGCAGUAGACGAGCCGCAAACGCCCAACCUCAAUGUCGCCGUUUCCGUCUCUUUCCCGCAGUCUGAGAUCUUCGGCGUCAAGCUCGUCAACGGCCAGGCCACCCAGGCGCGUCUGUCUGUGGUCAACAAUGAGCCAACCCCCGUCGGCGUCACCAUUGUCGGUGGCUCGUUGAUCCAGGAGAUCAAGGGAGAAUCUCAGAUCCUUCGCAACCUCACUCGCCAGCGCUACUCCAUCCAGAUUCCCGCUGGCGCCAACGAGACGAUUCCCUACAGCUUCACGACGGAGAUGCACCCCCAGAAUCUCCGCCUCCAGCUCGUGACUGUGCUGAAGGACAGCAAGAACAAUCUCAUCACCGUCCCGGUCUACAACGAGACUGUCAGCAUUGUUGAGGCGCCCACUAGCUUCUUCGACCCCCAGAUCAUCUUCCUGUACCUCGUCCUCCUUGGCGCCUUCGGUGGAACCGUGUACUUCAUCUACAACACCUGGAUCUCCACCUUCUUCCCGCAGAAGAAGGGCCGCGGCAAGGGUGGUGAGCGUGCUAAGGCGUCUUCGGGCCAGAGCAAGAAGGUCGACCCCGCCGAUCAGGUUGCCGUCGUUGGUGCUGAUGGUCCUGCUGUCACUUCCGGCGCAAAGGCCUACGAUGAGAGCUGGAUCCCUGCCUCGCACCUUCAGCGCCCAGAAGCCAAGCGCGUCCGCAGCGGCCGAGCUUAG